AUGGCGACUGGACAGAAAAAGGAAACCUCUUAUGGCUGGUUCAAGUCUACCUAUCUCAUGAUCAUUGGAUUUUUCAGAUUACUCAAAUGUAUUUUAACAAUAAAGUACCACUACCCUACUAUCGAUAAUCCCUAUCAUAAUCCGAAAAUGAUGAAAUCUGAAUGUGAGAAAAAUCUGCAAGCUCAUGCCGCCGACGAAUGGGCAAUGCCAUUAAUGAAUGAAAAUCUUGGCGUAUGCUUUCUUCAGCCUAAGAAAUUAGAAGCUAGAAUAAACAUAGCUAAAGAAUUUAUUAAUCGUUUCCAAUUUCAAUUACCGUUUUUUAUCGAUUGUAUUGAAAAUGAAACGAUGAAAGCAUACGACGCUGUACCAGAAAGAUUAUAUGUAGUCGAUGACGGAAAAAUCGUUUAUUCAGGCGGUCCAGGUCCGUUUGCUUAUAGUGUAGAUGACAUGGAACAAUUUUUAGAGAAAUACGUUGUAGAAAAAUAG